CCCAUCAAUUUCCAUUCUACUUUCUCCCUAAUUCACUCCUACAAAUCCCCUCCCAUCUAUCAUCUCUUUCUUCUUCUAAUCUCGAACUUCAUUCAUUAGAUCUAUAUAUAUACAUAGGCAAAUAUAUAUUAUCAUGGAUCUCCAAAAACAUCUAGGGAUUGUUGUUGUCUUAGUAUCAUUGGUUUGCUCAUCCUUGCAUGCUUACCAGUUCAACGUUGGCGGCAAGACUGGUUGGGGCUUAAACCCUUCAGAAGACUAUAAUCACUGGGCUGGACGGAUGAGAUUCCAAGUCAAUGACACUCUCUUGUUUAAGUAUGAGAAAGGAUCGGAAUCGGUGUUGGUGGUGAGCAAAGAUGAUUAUGAGAAGUGUAAUACGCAAAAUCCGAUCAAGAAAAUGGAUGAUGGGAACUCUGUUUUCCAGUUUGGAAGAUCUGGUCCGUUUUAUUUUAUAUCUGGGAAUCAAGAGAAUUGUGAAAAGGGACAGAAGUUGAUCGUUGUUGUUCUUGCUGUGAGGAACCGGAAUCCGCCGGCACCGCCUACGCCACGGUCUCCGGCGCCGUAUGCGAACGGUCCUAUCCCUGCUCCCCCGCCUAAAGGAUUCACUCCCUCAGGCCACGCUCCGGGAGCUCACCCGCCUAGAGGAUCGCCGGCUGCUUCACCGUCGGGGCAUGCUUCGGGUUCGGGAGUUUCUCCGGCUAAAGGGUCGCCUGCGGCUUCACCGUAUAGUAAUGCUCCGGGGACUUCUCCUAGUAAAGGAUUGCCGGUCAUUUCACCGUCAGCGUACGCGCCGGGAGGUUCUCCUAUAAAAGGAUCGCCGGCGGCAUCACCUUCCGGAUAUGCUCCUGGAGGUUCUAAGCCUAAAGGAUCGCCGGCUAUUUCACCGUCAGGCAGCGCGCCGGGUGCUUCUCCUUUCAAAGGAUCGCCAGCAACUUCGCCGUCUGGUUAUGUUCCUGGAGCUUCUUCGCCUAAAGGAUCUCACUCCACUUCACCGUACGGUAAUGCGCCGGGAGGUUCUCCUACGAAAGGAUCGCCGGCUACCUCACCUUCCGGCUAUGCUCCAGGAGCUUUAGCGCCUAAAGGAUCGCCGAAAACUUCACCUUACGGCAAUGCUCCCGGAGGUUCUCCUGCAAAAGGAUCGCCAGCUAGCUCACCGUCCGGCAAUGCUCCGGGAGGUUCUUCUGCGAAAGGAUCACCGGCUACCUCACCCUCCGGCAAUGCUCCGAGAGGUUCUCCUGCGAAAGGAUCCCCGGCUAGCUCACCGUCCGGCAAUGCUCCGGGAGGUUCUCCUGCAAAAGGAUCACCGGCUACCUCACCCUCCGGCAAUGCUCCGAGAGGUUCUCCUGCGAAAGGGUCGCCGGCUACCUCACCGUCCGGCAAUGCUCCGGGAGGUUCUCCGUCAAAAGGGUCGCCGGCUAGCUCACCGUCCGGCAAUGCUCCGGGAGGUUCUCCGGCAAAAGGAUCGCCGGCAACCUCACCUUCCGGCAAUGCUCCAGGAGCUUUAGGGCCUAUAGGAUCGCCGACAACUUCACCGUACGGCAAUGCUCCGGGAGCUUCUCCUACAAAAGGAUCGCCGGUUAGCUCACCGUCCGGCAAUGCUCCAGGAGCUUUAGCGCCUAUAGGAUCGCCGACCACUUCACCAUCCGGCUAUGCUCCAGCAGCUUCUACCCCAGUAGGAUCGCCCGCGAGCUACGCACCGGGAGCUGCUCCACCCAAAAGUUCCAUUUCACCUUCCCCGGCGGCUAUUUCCAUCACUCCGGCAUCAUCUCCUGGACCAGCCGCAUUUCCUGGGGCAAAUGGACCGGCAAGCAAGACUCCGUUGGCAUCUCCAGCACCGGCAAAGUCAUCCACAGCUCCUUCAACAGGCAGUCCGAGCUCCGGCAACACUCCGGCUGAUAUCCAGUCUCCCGGUGGUUCACCGCCAAACUCAGCAGCUGUGAAAACAUUUACUCCGUCAAUGGUCAUAGCGUCAACUCUCACAUUUAUCAUAGCUGUUGCUUUCUGAGAAUUCGGUUUCGUGUAUAUAUACGGAAUAAUAAUUUUUAUAUAUGCUUUUUUCUAGUAAUAAAUAAAUUUAUUAUUAUUAUUAUUA